AGCAUGAAAUUCUAAUUUUCAGCUCCUUUUCAGUAUAUAUUUAUUAUUUCUAGUUUAAAAUUGAUCUUAAGUAAAGUAUAUACGCAGAUGGAACUCAGAUAUAAAUAGAGGUCAGGACACCCCGAGAAAGAUAGUGGCAGAGUCUAAAAAGAUGGCGGCGUUUUUGGGGAUUGUACACGUUUCACUGCUAAGAUUUAGUUUGAUUUUGCUGCUGACACCGAUAUUCUGGACACUUUCGGGAAGCUUUGAACAGCUAGAAUCGUUGGAUCCCGAAAGGAUGCAAUGGCCGACAAUUUUUGUUGCAAUCCUGGCUAGGAAUAAGGCGCAUUCCCUGCCUUAUACUUUGGGGUACCUGGAGCGACAGGACUACCCGAAAAGCCGACUGGCGCUCUGUGUAUGGAUGCUGAUAACCUGGUGACUAACCCCCGCACCCUGAAGCUCCUGAUCGCACAGAACAGACCCAUCAUCGCACCCAUGCUGGAGAGCAGCACUGCAUACUCCAACUUCUGGUGCGGCAUGACGGAAAAGGGUUACUACAUGCGUACUGACGAGUACAUGCCGACCAUAGAGAGGAAAAGAAGAGGGGUGUUCCCGGUACCCAUGGUGCACUCCACCUACCUGGUGGACCUGCGCAGGGAGGGGUCCAGACAGCUCAGUUAUGACUCCCCUGCGGAGGACUACUUCGGACCUGAGGAUGAUAUCAUACAGUUUGCCUGGUCAGCUAGAACUUCAGGCAUGGAGAUGUUCAUUAUGAACACGGAGGAGUUUGGGUACCUGCCCUCAGCACUGGAUGAUACCAUGAUCCACGACGAGGAAACACUCAAGUUCAAACAGAUCCUGCUGGACCAAAUGUCACAUGACACACCAGAAGGCUAUGUGUUUGACCCCCUGGUGCCGUCUGCUUACAUCUCACACCCCAACAAAACUACUACCAAGAUGGGCUUUGACGAGAUCUUUGUGAUUAACCUGAAGCGACGACCAGAGCGGAGGAAAAGAAUGGUCCACACACUGAAGGAGAUAGGGCUGGACUUCAAACUGAUGGAGGCUGUAGAUGGACUGACUCUGAAUGCCUCUGUGCUGAAGAAGAUGGGAGUGACAGUCCUACCUGAGUAUAAGGACCCUUGGGCAGACAGGAGUAUGACCAUGGGAGAGAUUGGUUGUUUUCUCAGUCACUACAAAAUCUGGGAGGAGAUUGUUGAGAAGAACCUAGACUGGGUUCUUGUCUUUGAGGAUGACAUAAGGUUUGAACCCUUCUUCAAGAGGCGGAUGUACAAGAUGCUAAACGAGAUUGAGGAGAUCCGACUGGACUGGGACCUCAUUUACGUAGGUCGUAAGCGGAUGCAGCUGGAGGGAGAACACUGGGUGCUAGGCUCCACCACCAUGAUCCACGUCACCUACUCCUACUGGACCCUGGGAUACAUGAUCACCUGGAGGGGCGCCAAGAAACUGCUGGACGUCAAACCGCUCACCAAGAUGAUCCCCGUGGAUGAGUUCCUGCCCAUGAUGUUCGAUGACCAUCCAGAUAAGCACUACAUGUACGCCUUUGAGCCAAGGAACCUGAAGGCUUUCUCAGCCGAACCCCUGAUGAUCUACCCUACCCACUACACAGGGGAGGCCAACUACAUCACUGACACAGAAGCUGCUCCCGAUUCAAGGCUGGUCAUAGAGGAGGAUACAGGUUCCUCUCCUAUAGUCCCUGACCUGGACAAAGCGGACAGCGGAGACCAGCCGGCCGUACCCGCCAUGGGGCCCAGCGAAGGUCUGCCCACGCCCGACGGGGAGCCGUCAUCACAUGGCGGGGAACUCUGAUGAACGCAGUCGCGGGGCAGAAACAUAAACAUCACUUUACAGAGGGGGAGGGCAAGAUAUUUGCAUAAUGCAAGGUUCUAGCCGUCUUUCCGUCCUUGGACAGAAUUCGGCCACUGGGGAUGGACAUAAUUGUUGCCUAUUCCGUCCUCUGUGACAAACAAACAUUGGCAUGUAAAGAAAAUUUUUUUUAAAGACAAAAUUUUGUUUAUUUCCAGAAAUGAAACCAAGUUCAGUCUACCAGCUAAAUUUGCUAGAUUUAAAAAUUUUCCUGGUCCCCCCUAUGAUCAUCGCAUGCCUUAUAGGUUUCCAUUCAAAAUCCAGAGGACGGAAAAAAAAUUCAGGCUGACUUGAACACUGGCAUUAUGGCUUUGAAUGUUAAUGAAAACAUACAUGUCAAGUGCAUUGUGUAUAAGCCAACCCAUAGUUUGCACUACGUUUCAAACCAUGGGCUGGCUUAUUAGUAAAGCAUAAAAACUUAAAAUCUUUUAAUUAUUUCCACAAUUGGUUUUGGAUACUAGUAGAAUGUAAUUAUUGCAAUGCUUUUGGCACAAUUUUUCAGUAGAUCUAUUGAGCAUUAACCCUUGUCCUGCUGAUUUCUAUUAAUAAGUUUUCGGUACAAAGAAGAGCCAACAGCUAUAAGAUGGUUAAGAAAUAUUCAAAGCAAUGCAGUAAUUUUUACCUGACCUAUAUGGAGAUUUUAACUGACAUAAAUGUAGUAUACUUUUUAACUUCAUCAUUUGGUUCUUUAAGUUUGAACCAGAAAAAAAGUGGAGCUGAAUAACUGGAGGUUGGUAGGGAACAUUGAAUUAACAUUGAACAUUUUGGUACAGUAUUUGUCUAGGAUGAUGCUAUUUAACACAUUUUAAAUAUUAUUAGGAAAUGUCUGGUCAGAAGAACCGGCCUGAAAUUGGGUUUGUUUCAUAUGUUGUACAGCAUUUAACACAGCUGAAUUUGAAUAUGGCGGAUAACACAAUGCAGCAAUCUGAUGCAAACUUAUAAAUCAAUAUAAGGUACUUCAAGCAUGUACAUGAGCAAGUCAUAGCCAGGAAUGUAUUUGAUAAUCAGUAGCUUUUAGUGUAACAAAAAAAUUGUGCCUAAAAUCAAGUCUUUCAUGGAUGGAUACUAACAAUGACAUGCUUACAAUUGUCAAGACUAUCUUCUCAACAAUCAGUUUUUCUAAAUAGCCAAGAACGUAUUUGUAGCCUCCAUACCAUCCUUUGUAUUUACUAAUGGUUCUGCCUUUUUGCUUGCAAGGAGAAUGGGAUUGCCAGCUGUAACUAUGGAGGAUGGUAGCCAGGUAUCCAAAGAAUACAUUAGCCAAUUUGCUCAAUUAUUCAUUGGCAAGAAGUAACGUUGUUAGUUUGUACAUAGUUAUAAGUCCUUGCUGUGCUUCCACUUCUACAGAAUUUACAAUUUAUCAACAGGAAACAUAAAAUCCAGUAUUUGGAGUUUAUUUUCUUGAUGGCUAAAAUCUUGAGGUGCUAGUCAUAAUCAGUUUUCAAAGGACUAAGAUGUACACAUGUAUGCUUACAGUAUUAUGCUUAAAAUCUGUAAUGAAAUUGCAAUGUUCUCUGUAGAGUCUGUACCAAGUUAAGCAUGUGUACUAAUACUAUGUAUCUAUGACAAUCAUAUUCAUUCUGUAACAAGUACUAACAACUAUUGUAUAACUAACUUGCCCUGAUUGAAUGACAUGUAAAAAAAAACUUGUAAUUAUGUCAUAGCUUUCGGCUGUUUUCUUAGAAUUUAUGGUAGAGUCUAUAUAGGAACCUGCUUUUAUGGGUAAGGAUAUAUUUUUGUAUCUUUGUGGUGCUGGACAAACUGUUAUUUAGAUUUUAUUCCUUUAUUACAACAUGUAACAAAUACACCUGCAAUGUAAGUAACUUGAUACCAUUUUGAAAUACAGUAAAUACAUUUACUUUCAUGGUGGUUUUAUGUUUUGAUGGAAAGGAGGUUUUUGCAGUAUUUUAGAUUUGUGGUUGAGACAAUUCAGUCGUACAAAAGUAAUGAAGCCAUAUAUUUGCUGUGUCUUGGCUUUACAGUAUGACUUCUCCGCGAAAAUAAAACCACCAGUGUAACAGAUGUUCAAAACUAUACAGUAAUGAUGCCUAAUCAUGUUGCAGGAAAUUGUAUUAUAUGGACUGGAACUAACAUUAUUAUACAAUCCAAUGGUGCUAAACUGAAGUUAUGUAAUGUGAAGAUAAAAAAGGAACUGUUUUUUUCCAAAGUAGCAUCAGAAUAUUUAACUUAAUAAUUGAUAACUGUGAUACAUGUAUUACACAUUGUAUAUUUCUGACUCCAUCCCCCUUUGCAUUUGUGUAACUUACAUGUAUGUGUCUCUUCAACACUUGAUAACUGAGAAGCAGUACAGAAAUUUUAUCAGACACGUAAAAGAAAUACGCAGUAUACCAUGUUUAUAUAAGUUAAUGGCUACAUUAUACAGAAAAUUGUAAGCCUCUUUUUCUCUACAAUCGUCUAAUGUCAUGUAGUAAUUAGACAUAUGUCAUACAGUUAACUUUCAGAAAUAAAUUACUUUGAUGAUAAAAA